AUGAUUUGGCGGGGCAAGUCGAUGAAGCUGCGACCUUGCUGUCUUCCAGGCUGGAGUCGUCCAUGUUUGGGCACAACAUCACACCUUGAACUCGGUCGAAAAUAUCACUUGAUUUUUGCAAGCAGUGGACGAGACCAUCACACUACCAUUACCGCCGAAAUGGAGACCGAUCUCCAUGAUGCCAUACAACGGCUUCACCUGGACAACAAUUCCACAUUCGAUGCAAUUGACGACAUCCUUGACCACAAGGUAGUUAAGCCGCCCAAGAAGCAAGACCCUGAUGAGCUGCGCGCCGAACUCGAGCGGAACUUCCUGUCGCCAUCGACCACAUUCUCGGACGAGUGGCUCGACAAGCUUCAGCAACGAUGGGACACCCCGAUUGACUACUCCCUGCUCUUCAACAUUGCGCCCAGCCAAACCCGCACCGUCACCCGCUUCGUGCGUCAUGGGCUUGAGGGUCGGGUCACAGGCUACAGAAAUGUCACCGUUCCGGCCUCGCAUGCCACGGCGAAGAACAGCACGUCCAUGACUAGGAAACCCGCCAGCAGAUCUGAAUUUGUCCGGGGUGGCGCCGGGUUCUUCCCUUUCGCUCCUGGUGGUUUGGAGGGUAUCGAGUCAACAGCUGCGUUGGAGGAUCAGCUGCGAGCUUCGGCUGCCAUUGAGGAAGCUGACAGCAGGAAGAAACUAGAACGUGUUAUCAAGCUUGGAUCCGGUGGUCUGCUUGAGGUUGCUCCGGGUGUCUCCAGAGGUAUCGACUUUACGAAAAGGAGAAAGGUUGCGGAUGAAGAGGCGGAAAAACAGGCGAAGGAAGUCGAAGAGGUCUUGGAUCAGGAGCCCGAGGCAGCUCCUGACCAAGAGGAUGAGGACGCCGACAAAGCCCCAACGAAUGGUGCUUCUGACGAGAACGAGGAAGAGGAGGAUCUCGAGGAUAUCGACUCCAUUCUUCCAGUGGAGUUCCCAGCUCUGGAACCCCAUGGCAAACUUGCAGCAUCCAGCGCUAGAAAGGCAGGCCGCGAAUGGGCGCACAUGGUGGAUAUCAACAGACCAAUGCCCAACUUCCAGGAGCUGGUGCCAGAUCCAGCCAGAGAAUGGCCAUUCGAACUUGACAACUUCCAAAAGGAAGCCGUCUAUCAUCUUGAAAAUGGCGACUCGGUGUUCGUCGCAGCCCAUACUUCUGCAGGCAAGACAGUGGUGGCUGAAUACGCCAUUGCUCUUGCGGCAAAACACAUGACGAAGGCUAUUUACACAUCCCCGAUCAAGGCGCUCAGCAACCAAAAGUUCCGUGACUUCAGACAGACGUUCGACGAGGUUGGUAUUCUGACUGGUGAUGUUCAGAUCAACCCAGAGGCCAGCUGUCUCAUCAUGACUACGGAGAUUCUGCGCAGUAUGCUUUACCGUGGAGCCGAUAUCAUCCGCGAUGUCGAGUUCGUCAUCUUCGACGAGGUCCACUAUGUAAACGACUUUGAGCGUGGUGUUGUCUGGGAAGAGGUCAUCAUUAUGCUACCAGAGCAUGUGUCCUUGAUUCUUCUUUCUGCUACCGUCCCCAACACUCAUGAGUUCGCCUCGUGGGUAGGACGCACAAAGCAGAAAGAUAUUUACGUCAUUUCUACGCCGAAGAGACCUGUGCCGUUAGAGCACUAUCUCUGGGCCAACAAAAACAUCUACAAAAUCGUCGACUCUGAGAAGAGGUUCGUCGAGAAGGGGUGGAAGGAUGCGAAUGCGGCUAUGCAGGGCAAGGACAAGCCACCAAAGGCCAUCGAGGCCGCACCAGCUCGGGGUGGUGGCAACCAGAGAGGUGGUGGCCGUGGAGGCCAGCAAAGAGGGGGCAAUCAGCAACGUGGCGGCGGUCGGGGUGGCGGACAACAGCAGCGUGGGAGAGGUGGACCACCACGCGCGAGCCACAAUCCCGGACAUAUGGGCCGGACAGGCCGACCAGGAGGGUUUACAUCUGCUGCUCAGGACAAGAACUUGUGGGUUCACCUCGUCCAGUUCCUCAAGAAGCAGACUCUUCUUCCGGCCUGUAUCUUCGUCUUUUCCAAGAAGAGAUGUGAGGAGAAUGCAGAUGCUCUGAGCAACCAGGACUUCUGCACCGCUCAAGAAAAGAGUGCGAUUCAUAUGACGAUUGAGAAGUCGAUUGCUCGUUUGAAGCCCGAGGACAGAACUCUGCCCCAGAUUGUGCGCCUUCGAGAGCUGCUCUCGCGAGGUAUCGCAGUCCAUCAUGGUGGUUUGCUCCCUAUCGUCAAGGAGUUGGUGGAAAUUCUUUUCGCCCAGACUCUGGUCAAGGUUCUUUUCGCGACUGAGACCUUCGCCAUGGGCCUGAACUUGCCCACGAGAACAGUUGUCUUCUCGGGAUACCGCAAGCAUGACGGCCAUUCUUUCCGCAAUCUCCUUCCUGGUGAAUACACACAGAUGGCUGGUCGGGCCGGUAGACGCGGUCUCGAUACUGUCGGUUCCGUCAUCAUUGUGCCUCCUGGUGGCGAUGAAGCCCCCCCUGUCACUGAUCUCCGGCAAAUGAUUCUCGGAGAGCCUAGCAAGCUCCGGUCUCAAUUCCGCCUGACCUACAAUAUGAUCUUGAACCUACUACGCGUCGAAGCUCUGAAGAUCGAGGAAAUGAUUAAGCGUAGUUUCUCAGAACACGCCACUCAACAGCUCUUACCCGAGCACGAGAAGGCGGUCAAACUAUCCGAGGCAGAUUUGGCAAAGGUCAAGAGGGAUUCUUGUCAGAUUUGUGACGUUCAUAUGGACGAAUGUCACCAGGCGGGUGAGGACUUCAAGCAGUUGACAGAGGAGCUGUAUCGCGCGUUGCUGAACAUUCCGAUUGGCCGGAAGAUGUUUACGCCUGGUCGUCUCAUCGUCUGGAUGAAGGAAGGUGUCCGCACUCCUGGUUUGUUGCUCGCUGAAGGCGCCAGCACCAAAAGCAGCGCGACGGUUCCAAUGUUGCAUGUUCUCGAAAUUAGGACGAAUCGAGAAAUUCGCAAUGACACGGACUUGCUGCCCUUUGUGCCCAGUCUACGCAAGUACUACACGUCACUUCCCCAGGCCAAGAAGCAUAUCGGGACCAAGACAUUGCACAUCCCCCUGAGUGACUUGGUAUGCUUGACAAAGUAUGUCACCAAGGGCAUCCUGCCAGACAUCUUUGGCAGCGGCGAAGGCUACCAAAAAGCCAAGGACAAGCUUCAUACCAUCUGCCGCACCUGGGCCUCUGAUCACUGGGAUGAGAUGGAUCUGGGCCGCAUCAAGAGCCUGGCUAUUCACGACAUCAUUAACAAGCGCCGUGAGGCGGAGGUCAAGCUCACAAAAUCCGCCGCUCCGCUUUGCACGUUCUUCUUGAAGCACUACGCCAUGUGCCACGAUCAGUGGCUCAUCAAGACCAACAUCGACCAGCUCCGCCAGGCCCUCUCCAACCAAAACCUGCAGCUCCUCCCCGACUACGAGCAGCGUAUCCAGGUUCUCAAGGACCUUCGCUUCAUUGACGAAGAAACCCGGAUCCAGCUCAAGGGCAAGGUAGCCUGUGAGAUUCACUCUGGCGACGAGCUUGUCCUUACCGAGCUCAUCCUCGAGAACGUCCUCGCCGACUACGAGCCCGCCGAAAUCGCCGCUCUGCUCUCGGCGUUUGUCUUUCAGGAGAAGACAGAGUCCAUCCCAAAGCUGACGCACAACCUAGAGAAGGGCAUGAAGACUAUUGUCGAGCUCUCCGAAAAGGUCAAUGCGGUGCAGACUCUCCACCAGGUUAUCCAGACAUCAGAGGAGUCCAACGACUUUGUCAGCAAGCCUAGGUUUGGGUUGAUGGAGGUGGUGUAUGAGUGGGCCAAGGGUGUCAGCUUCAAGAAUAUCACGAAUCUGACGGAUGUGUUGGAGGGAACGAUUGUGCGGACGAUUUCCCGGUUGGAUGAGACGUGCAGGGAGGUGAAGAAUGCGGCUAGGAUUAUCGGUGAUCCCGAGUUGUAUCAGAAGAUGACGGUGGCGCAGGAGUUGAUCAGGAGGGAUAUUACUGCUGUGGCUAGUCUUUAUAUGUAA